UAAUCAAACAUAUCUUUGCAGAAGUUUUUGGACCUGCCUUCAUCGAGACUUAUACACCGUCAGCUAUUUGUAAUGCUUACAGAGCCACAGGAAUAUGGCCAUUCAAUCUUGAUGCAAUUAAUCCAGAUCGCUUAAACCCAUCUUUAGUAACAGAACGAUUCGAUAUACCUUU